GCGGAACAAACCGGUGUGCGCGGCUACAUGCUGUAAACUGCUCGCCCGCACUGCAGAUUAUUAACUCUUAGCCUGCCGCAAGAUGCUUCCAGACAAGGAAGGACGAUGAAGAAGUUCAUCAACGACACAUCCUGAACUAAGGUCACACUCGCGUCGAGUGUGAACUGAAGCAACGGCGAUUGGGCUGCAACAAAAUGAAGAGAUGCAAACUGAAAAGGCAGAGGAAAUAGUGUUCUCCUGAUCAUUGUCUUAAACACAGAGCUUCUUUGAGAAACAGCGGGAUCAAAUUUAAGAUAAGGGAAGAACCGCACAACAGGACCGGAUCGUUUUCCAUCUAUGGCGACACACGCUCAAGUUGCCCCCAGAUUGUUCUGUGGGGGUCCUGACUGUGUUAUUUAAGUUCACCUGCAAGAGUGUAGUUGCCCCUUGAUCCCAGGCGGGGUUGCAGUCCGUGCCAUUUCUUUCCCAGAUGCAGAACAUUCUUGACCAAAACUUAGACAUGGCUACAGCGCUACUAGCUGGCGAGAAGCUAAAGGAGCUCAUCCUACCAGGCUCGUCUCAAGAUGAAAGGGGGGGCGCGUUGGCCAGUCUGAUGGUGCAGCUCAAACUGGAGCUGCCCUUUGAUCGUGUCGUUACCAUAGGGACGGUUAUCAUCCCCAUCCUGCUGGUCACCCUCGUCUUCACUAGAAACUUCGCAGAGGAGUCCAUAUACUGUUACACACCGCACAACUUCACCCGAGACCAGGCACUCUACGCAAGAGGCUACUGCUGGACAGAGCUGCGUGAUGCUGCACCUGGUGUGGAGUCUCACCUCUGGCCUUCACUAUUUGAGCACAAGUUUUUACCUUACGCCCUUCUGGCCUUCGCUGGUAUAAUGUACAUCCCCGCUCUGGGCUGGGAGUUUCUUGCCUCUACUCGGCUCACGUCGGAGCUCAAUUUCCUGCUUCAAGAGAUUGAUAACUGCUAUCAUAGAGCUGCUGAGGGCCGUGCCCCGAAGAUCGAGAAGCAGAUUCAAUCCAAAGGCCCUGGCAUCACUGAGCGGGAGAGGAGAGAGAUCAUAGAGAAUGCAGAGAAAGAGAAGAGUCCUGAGCAAAACCUCUUUGAGAAAUAUUUAGAAAGACGAGGUCAAAGUAACUUUCUGGCAAAGAUUUACCUGGCACGACACCUGGCCAUUAUCUGCCUCAGCUCCAUCCCCAUUUCCUACCUGAGCGCCUACUAUGCCCGACAAAGGCAGAAUGAAUUUACAUGUGCUCUUGGCGAGCUCCCGGACAUUAGCAGUUAUUCAGAGCUCAAGCUUCGGGUCAACUGUAAGUUGCCUGCUGUGCAGCUGCAACGCAUCAUGGCAGCAGUGGAUAUUGCUCUGCUCUGCACCAUGAACCUUAUUAUCCUGCUUAAUUUGCUCCAUCUAUUUGUGGUGCGAAAGUCCAACUUUGUGUUUGACAAGUUGCAUAAGGUGGGUAUCAAGACACGGCGUCGUUGGCAGAAGUCUCAAUUCUGUGACAUCAACAUCCUGGCCAUGUUUUGUAAUGAGAACAGAGACCACAUCAAGUCCCUCAACAGGUUGGACUUCAUCACCAAUGAGAGCGACCUCAUGUAUGAUAAUGUGGUCCGGCAGCUGUUGGCUGCACUUGCACAGUCCAACCAUGAUGCAACACCCACUGUGAGGGACUCUGGGAUCCAAACAAUAGAUCCAAACAUGGAUCCCUCUGAUCUUGGAGUGGGAGAGAUGCCCACGGAGCCGCUGGUGAUCAAACGACCCCGCAAGAAGAUUAAAUGGAUCCCAACCUCCAAUCCUCUUCCACAGUCUUUCAAAGAACCUCUGACGCUGACACGUUUGGAAAAUAACGCCAAGCCUGAAAAACCCAAACCGCUCAGACGAAAGACGGUAGCAGACGGCUUCAUUGCCCCACUUCUGGAUACCAAGAGCACACAGUAUCCUGCAACAAAAGAUUUAAGUGGGAUGGAGAAAAAGCACACUCGCAACUUUUCCCUGGAUGUGCACCCAUACAUGCUGACCAUUCGUAAGCCAAAGGUGGAGAUCACAACCACAGACCCUCUACCCUCAGAGCACAACAUGGAUACUGUAUACCUUGAAGGCACACACACUAUUGUUCAUGUUUCUAGUGCAAUUACAGAGACUAAGGUUUGCUCUCCAGAAUCUACCACCACUGCCUUUUCUACGGUGACCUUGCCCACCAGCACAUAUGUAAAUGGUGGUAGCCCCAACCCACCAUUGAGUGAGGAUCCUCUCAGUCCCAAACCCUCUCUCCCUUCAAGAGAGCCUGUGACACAGGAGGAGAAUCUUCAGUCUCAGCCACCAACACUCACCAGAGCCCCUACACACCAGCUGCUGGGUAUUCAUCAUACUCUUUUUGAGGAAGAAGAGGAUGAGGAAAACCGCAGAGACAGGCUGGCGGGGCGACCCGGGGAACUCAUUGCUGCAGGGGAAUGUUAAGGAAAGAGAGAAUUUCUGAUGGAUUUCCUCUCUGCUUUUGUUCUACUCAACACUGUUCUCGGCACACAUGACACACUAUGUCAAUCACGUCUACUCUCAUGAAGUCACGCACUUCUAUGCUGGCUCGUUUGAGUCUGGUAGAACUAACUGUACUGCUGAAUUGACCUCGAGACAAGUUUGUAUACACGGUGAUGUUGAGCAGAGUAUUACUGUAAGAAACGAUGUCGCAUUCAUAUCUCAGGAUGACUGUGUACAAUUCAUCA